AUGGUCCGAGGUUGGCCAUGUAGCCCUACUCCAUUGCAUGGUGCACACGUAGAGACAGGGGAAGUUGGCAAGGAUAGUGGAGGCGAUGUCAAUGGCGGGGCGACGAUGGUGAUGUCGCGGGCGGAGUUUGACGGAUUGUUGUCCAUGGAAAGCCGAUUAAGAAAAUCAAUUUCAGAAAUCCAUUAUUUGAUGCUAUCAACGAGUUUGACGGGGCGGGACGGAGGCGCAGGCAGCGGUGACGCUAGAGGAGGCGGAGGUGCUGGUGGAGGCAUUGACUGGUCGGUGGCUAGCACAGUAGGGUUGCAAGUUGUCGGAGACAGCUUGGGGGAAGCUGUAUUGUGA